CAAGAACAGAUCAUAGCAUUAUUUUAUCACCUAUACCUUUCUCUAAGAAAAAAAAAAAGAAAUAAUUUCUUGUCUCCUAUCAGCUCCUUUCAUCAAUAUAGACUUGGAUGGCCUCAGUUCAUCAUCAAGUACCCACCACAAGAGCCUUUUCCUCUCUCCCUCCUCUCUCUCUCUCUCUCUCUCUCUCUCUCUCUAUCCAAAGAAAAACCAGAGACGUCAAGAACCAUGAGACCCAACAAAAACCAAUCUCCCAUUAACAUCAAGAUCAUCACCCUCAGUUUAUUCUUUCUUCUCUUCCUUGUGCUGGUAGCUUGGUCAAGCUUCUCAUCUCCGAGAUCAAAUCCAUCCCCCAAAGCAGAAAAUGAUGACCUAACAAACCCAUCAUCAAGUCUGUCCACUGAUGAAGAAGAUCAGCCCAAACCAUCAACACCAGCCUGCCCUUCUCUUCCCCUGACACCAACAUGCACCAAAACCCCACCUUCUUUAGCCAAUGCUCUUGUCCAUUACGUUACAACGAACAUCACCCCACAACAAACCCUCAAAGAAAUCUCGGUCACAUUAAGGGUCCUGGAGAAAAAGUCACCUUGCAAUUUCCUAGUCUUUGGUCUUGGUCAUGACAGUCUAAUGUGGACAUCUCUAAAUCAUGGUGGCCGAACUGUUUUCCUGGAAGAAGACAAGGCUUGGAUUGAGCAAAUCACAGAGAAACUGCCCUCUUUAGAGGCCUACCAUGUGACGUACGACACCAGAGUGCAUCAGGCAGAUGGGCUCAUGGAGACAGGAAUGGGAGAUGAAUGCAAAGUUGUAAGCGACCCCAGAUUCUCCAAGUGCCAGCUUUCUCUUAAAGGGUUCCCUAGUGAUAUUUAUGACAUGGAAUGGGACUUGAUCAUGGUGGAUGCACCCACUGGGUAUCAUGACGAGGCACCAGGGAGGAUGACUGCAAUCUACACGGCUGGAUUGAUGGCUAGGAACAGAGAGAAUGGAGAGACUGAUGUGUUUGUGCAUGAUGUUGAUAGAGUUGUGGAGGAUAAAUUCUCCAAGGCUUUUCUUUGUGAAGGAUACUUGACUGAGCAGGAAGGGAGGUUAAGGCAUUUCAUCAUUCCUAGUCAUAGAACUCGUUCGGGCAGACCUUUUUGUCCUUAGAGUUCCUCAUCUCUCUUUUCUGCUUAGAUUUGUUGUUAUUGUUUCUCCUGAUCUUGUGUCUUGUCAUAUAAAAUAUAAAUUUCUGGGCAAAGGGUUUUUUCUUUUCAUAUAUGUAUUUUAUAUUGUUCCCAAUUAAUUAAUUUCUCUUCCCUCGGAUUCUCUUUUAA